AUGUCUGCCUCACCAGAGCCUCAAACUGGCUCGCGCGCCGCGUCUCCCGACCACCAAGAGCCUGAAAAGGCGCCGACCCCGAUUACUGCAGAGGAUGAUGAAGGUGACAAGCCCGAAGCUUCUGUCGAGGAUCAAGAGGAGGAAAAUGAUGACGACGAUGAUGAUGAUGACUCUAUCUUGUCCGAGGUCGACGAGGCGCAGUUCGAUGACUUCGACCCGGAGAAUGUCGAUGUUGAAGACCGCCCGCAGCUGGCCAUUGAUGAAGAUAAUUUGAAGCUGAUCGGUCGACACAAGCGCAAGCGCGUUGAGGGCGAAGAGGCCCGCCCGCGCCGUAAGGAGGGCCGUCGUGAAAAGAAGAGCCGUCGUAACCAAGAUGAGGAUGAGGGAGGCGAUGAAGGAUCUGCCCGCCGGCAGCAGCAGCAGAAGAAAAAGAAGGAGGCAGAGCCCGAUACGGAUGAGGAAACUUUGGAUCCCGAGACACGCCGUCGUCGUGCUCUUGACCGUGCCAUGGAUGAAGCUAUGAAGAAGCCUACCAAGCGACGGGCCCGCAAGCAGGAUGGCAUUGAUCUUGAGGCUAUGGCCGAUGCUGAAAUCGAGGAAAUGCGAAAGCUCAUGACCCAGGCAGCUCAGAUGGAUGCUCUCAACCGCCAGCAAGGCAAGCCUGCCAUGCACAAGCUUAAGCUUCUUCCCGACGUUAUCAGACUUCUCAACCGCAACCAAUAUGCAAACAGCUUGGUCGAUCCGGAAAUCAAUCUCUUGGAGGCCGUUCGAUUCUUCCUUGAGCCUUUGGACGACGGAUCAAUGCCUGCGUACAACAUCCAGCGUGAUUUGUUGACUGCCCUGACCAAGCUUCCCAUUCAAAAAGACGCUCUGAUUGCCAGUGGAGUUGGCAAGGUCGUUGUGUUCUAUACUAAGAGCAAGAGAACUGAAAACAGCAUCAAGAAUAUGGCAGAGAAGCUACUGGCGGAAUGGACUCGUCCCAUCCUCCAGCGCAGCGACGACUACUCGAAGCGUGUGUUCCAGCAGGCCGACUUUGAUCCCACCAAAAUCACCAAGCGUACCUCCACCACCGCCGAGAUUGUCGCUGCUGAUGCUCGUGCUCGCGACAAGCUUCCUCCUCGUCUCGCCAACCGUGCUCGUGUUGACCGUACCCAAGUCAGCUACACUGUUGUUCCCCGGCAAACUGCUGUGCAAGAAAGUCGGUUUGCCCGACCUUUGGGUGCCAGCGGUGAGGACCGGUUCCGCAAGAUGCAAGCCCGACAGACUGCGGCGUCCAAAGGAUCUCGCCGGUAA